GUUUGGGAUACUGACUUCGCCACCAAGCUUUACAAGGGCCAGAUGGGAGGAGGCAGCGAGCCCAGCCAGAUCUGCUUCAGCCCUGGUGGCGAGCUCGUGGUGGCAUUCCGGAGCGGCUAUGUACAGUUGCUGAGCCCUGACGACUACAGCCCGAAGGGCCCGCCGUUGCGUCCCCCCUCGUUCGGCUUUCAUCCGUCCGGCCUCGCCGUGGUUGGAGAGCGGGUUUUCGUGAGCUGCUCUAGAAAUUCGAUGCUCCACCAGUUCAGCUUGCGCGACGGAAGCCAUCUGCAGCAGCGGAAAGGUGGAUCACACUGGGAGCUGCAAGAGCCGAGUGGCAUGGCAGUGAUCGAGGAUCGCAUCCUGGCGAUUGCCGACCGCGGGCUGCACCGCGUGCUGCUCUUGGAUGUGGAGAGCCUGGAUUUCCAUGGCCAGGUCCCAGAUCCCGAGACUUGGCGGUCCAAAGCCGCUCCGGGAGCCCUGCGGAAGCCGAACGACGUCGCCGUCGACGCGGCAGGCAACCUGCUUGUCAUGGACACCCAGAACGAGAGGGUAGCCGUGUAUCGCCAGGAUGGAACCCUCGUGGCCAGCGUCAUGCAGGGUUUCUUCAAGGACAAAGGCAACACCUUCAGCUACCUCUCGUGCAAUCAU